AUGUCUAGACAAAGCAAAGACCCGGUGCAGAAGUGCCACUCGGACCCAGGCGCUGCGAGUACCACCGGUACUCCUUGCAGCCCUGGUAAGCGAAUUCCUCGACGGCUAGUGCCAGGGAUUCCCAGCUCCUCCAAUACACGCAAAUGUGUUCUCACCUUGGACGGCUAUAGCUACGUGAUCGGUGAGUACCGAAUCACGAUAAGACUCGAACUCUACUUAUCAUACAGCGAGAUAGGUGGAUGGAUAGCCGAUGGCGAAGGGAAGAGCGAGGAGGAAUUUCUUUGCUUAUCUUUUCGUACUCGGAACGGCGUGGCGCGUACAAACGUGUGGAUGUUACGAGCUGGUUCCCUCGAGGCGAAAGUCUCUCGUAAACUUGGGGACGACAGUUGUGGGUCAACGAGUGCCGCUUGUUGUUUUUCUUUAUUACGGUAUUUCGUGCCAUCGCCGCGUGUUCGCUUCCGUGGUUCGCUGCGGCUCGUUUGCAAGAAUAAUCAAAAGUUUAUUGCUGGAUACGUACACGCGACGACUCGUCUCCGGACGGUCUCGCCCCUGUACGCUACGUAG